AUGGAUUCACCUCCAUCCAGUUCACAAGAGCAAUUCUCCGAGUCAUCAACACCAGAAAAAGAAGAGGUUGACAACACUAGUGGCAAUGCGAAUGCAAGCGGUAGUAAUACAACGGACAAUACAAUACCUGCUAUUCAGUUUGGACAGCACUUCUUUAGUGAUUGGAAUUCAAGUUACGACGAGCAACGGGAAGGUGAUCAUUUAGUGACAUGCCCCGAUGGAACACAAAUAUUAUGCGAUUCUCCCGAUCCCAGCACAGACUUGCGACCACCUUCUUAUGCUGAGAAAGACGAAGCGAGUCGUAGCACUAGUGAUCAGCAAGUUGUAUUAUCAACACAGCCAUCAAAGCAAAAGGAUGACGAAGGAAAUAAUGGUUCCGAUAGCACUGAUAUGAAAAAGGCAGUGAAAAGAGACAAGAGUUCUACAGUAGCUUCCACUAGCAGAACCAAACAUAAGAAAUCCGUCACGACGAAACCACGACGGAUUAUUGGCAAUUAUACGUUAGUGAGUACUAUUGGAUCUGGGUCAAUGGGAAAAGUUCGUUUAGCAAUACACAACCAUAACGGAAAUAAGCUUGCAGUCAAAAUUGUGCCUACUAACUUGAUGGAUAGCAAACAGAAAGAGCAGCAAAGUCAUGAAGACCACCAUCGUCAAAUUAGAACAGUACGAGAAGCCAACAUCAUGAUGCUAUUGCAUCAUCCAUUUAUUGUCAGUUUAAAAGAGAUGAUACUACUGGAACCAUACUAUUAUUUAUUCAUGGAAUAUGUGAAUGGGGGUCAGCUAUUGGACUAUAUCAUUGCACAUGGAAAAUUGAAGGAAAAGCAAGCCAGAAGGUUUGCACGGCAGAUUCUAAGUGCAUUGGAUUAUUGUCAUAGAAACUCGAUUGUUCACAGAGAUUUGAAGAUUGAAAACAUUCUGAUUUCGCAGUCUGGCAAUAUUAAAAUUAUCGACUUCGGAUUGUCUAAUUUAUUUUCCCCAAGGAGCUCUUUGAACACAUUCUGCGGAUCACUUUAUUUUGCAGCACCAGAGUUACUGAAUGCCAAAGCUUAUACCGGUCCGGAAGUGGAUGUGUGGAGUUUUGGUGUCGUUGUCUAUGUCUUGGUAUGUGGAAAAGUACCCUUCGAUGAUCAAAAUAUGCCAGCUUUACAUGAAAAGAUCAAAAGAGGCGUAGUAGACUACCCAUCUCAUUUGAGUACAGAUUGUAAAAGUAUUUUAUCCAGAAUGCUGGUCACCAAUUCAACGCAUCGUGCUACAGUAUCCGAACUAAUGAUCCACCCUUGGAUGAAUAAAGGAUAUGAUGGACCUGUGAACAAUUAUGUUCCAGAAAGACUACCGCUCACUUUGCCCAUCGACAUGAAUGUUGUGCGAGGUAUGACAGAAGGAUUUGGCUUUGGUACUGAAGAAGAAAUCAAACAGCAAUUGGAAGAUAUUAUAACGUCUGAUGAAUAUCAGAAAGCAGCACAGACAUUGAUGGAAAGGACAGCAGAAGUACAAAGAUUGCAUCGACAUAACAGUCAUCAUAUGGACAGCAGCAGCCAUGCUAAUGGCAACGGUCAUCACCAUCGACCACGAUUCUUUUCGUCGACUUCAUCGUUUCUUAAUGGCAGUAGUAGCGCAAACAGUACAAAUCACAAUAGUAAGGCACCGAUGACUCUGCCCAACGAUGAUCCGCAAUCCAUCCCAGCUGCCUAUCACCCACUUGUAUCCAUCUACUAUCUGGUCAAAGAGCGAAUGGAAAGAGAACAUAGGAUUGCUGAAUCGAACAACCCUGAUACCGAUUUAACAUGCUAUUUUGAUGUGAACAAAGACAGUAUGAAUGGCAAGCAAACCACCAAAGAUAGUUCAGUCGACUCCAAACCUUCAUUUUUACGUAUUCCCAACAUUACUCUACCAGAAAGUAUUCAUCCCACCAUUAAGGCGACCAACUUUGAUACCGAAGCCAUCUAUCAUGGCAACAAUGGCAAAACACCCCAGUAUCUACCCGUAGAAGAUAAUAACGAAGAACACAGCAUUCAUGAAAAACUUCAUAUGCUGGAAAAUGGCCUCAGCCGUCUAUUUUCGAGAUCUUCUGGUAAAAGUUCGCAUCGUCGACCAUCAGCUACCACCAAUGGAGAAUCGUCUGUAAACGACGCUCAUACGAAUGUUGAUGAUGAUAUGUUGAAUGCGCAUACAAUGUUCGAACGUCGCAGUUCUAGUAAAGACGCGGGUUCUACGAACAAUAAUCAUACCACAAUGUUUCGACGUAUCAGCCAAGCCCUUUCACGCACUUCAACCAAUGACAGUGCAAAAUCAAGGCGACGAAAGUCUGCCGCCUCCACUCAUUAUUAUUCCGAUAAGCAGAACCCAUCUGCUGCUGUUGCUGCUGCUGCUGAUGAUGAUUUUGAUAACCAUUAUCCAGAGCCUCCACUUUCUCCACCUGCACCCGUUACAACUUCUACAUCCACGCCUAUACCCAUACCGUCCACAUCUCAUUAUCGCUAUUACAACGAGGACAACAACAGCAUAAUUGAUAAAAGCAGUAUCGGGGAAAAGUCACCACAAAUAUCCACUUCUUAUGCACUAUCACCGCCAUUAUCGGGCUCCUCUCGUUUCCCUAAUUCCUUGAUAUCACCACCCAUUUCUUCUGUUCAUAAGUCCGUUAAUCUAAAAGACGAGGAGGAGGACGAUGAUGUGGCUAUUGCUACUGCGGCAGCAGCGGCGGCAGCGGCAGCGGCAGCAUUUAGUUUACAAUCCAAUAACAAGAAGGGUAAAUUUAGUCGUAUGUUCCCCCGAAGAAUGACAGUCGGCGGUAAUACAUCCGUUAAUGCCCAAAACCAUGCCAAUUUCAUUAAAGCGCAACAGGAACAACAACAUAUUCCCAAAAAUCAUCAUCAUCAGCAUCUCAAUUCGACGAACCGCACUCAUGAUAGAAAGCAUACCGAUAAGGACGACAAUAGUGACUUGGGCGUAUCCUCCCAGCAGUGCCAUCUACGUCAACAACCCAGCCCCACAACUUCAAGCUCAUCUUCCUCUUCUUCCUCCUCACCACCUCCUACAAGGCAGACUACCACUGCGACAACUACCAAAAAUGGCAUGGCAGACGAAAGUAUAAAGCCUGUUUUCUUGAAGGGUUUGUUUUCAGUCACUACUACCUCUACAAAGCAUCCCUCUGUUAUCCGAGCAGAUCUCAUACGUGUUUUAGAGCGACUAGGUGUGAAAUGGCGCGAAACGAAAGGCAAGUUUGAAUGCGUACACAUGCCUAGUAUUGACAUGAAUCAUGUGGCUUUUUCUCAGCAGCAACAACAGCAACAAGGACAAUACAUGCCGAUGACUUCAAUGGCCAAUGAAGAAGCGCCAUCUUAUCAGCAAGCUGAAGAAGAUAUGACUUAUGGCAAGACAAACAAUGGCAUUGCGCCAUUACCCGAUUUGGUGAUGCGAUUUGAGAUAUAUAUUGUAAAAGUACCUUGGUUAUUGGGUAUGCAUGGAUUGCAAUUUAGAAGAGUAGGAGGAGAUUCAUGGCAGUAUAAGAAUAUGUGUAGUAAAAUUCUGGCAGAGUUGAAACUGUAG